CAGUUGACACAAGUUCAGCUCCAGAUUUUCUCACAAUGGAGGACCCUUUGGUGACCUUUGAGACCCCAAAAUUUCUAGAAUGGAAUGGGAUAAAUAAAAGGCGUUACAAUGCUUAAUUCACUUACAGGGAUUUUACUAGUUUUCAUCGUGAUUCUCCAACCAGCCGCAAAAGGAAUACGAGAUAUAUCCCUGGAUACCUAUAACAUUGAUGAAAUUGACAAUGUUGACAACAGAGUGUACAACCAGUAUAGGAGCCGAGCCUCUUAUCUUAUCCUUGCUUCAAGAAUCAUUCGUCCAUCCACAAUAUAUCAGAUUUGUGUGAAUGCAUACAGAGGCUCCGAACCAAUGAGAGUUAAAGCAUCCUUAUCAAGAGAUGGAGUUGAGGUGUCAGGCUCAGAGGAAUUUUUGAAUGAACUUGAAGCAAAAUCUAUUCUACUCCAGGUUCCGGAGGGAACAAGUUUAGGUUACUCAUACAACCUCAGGAUUGAAGGGUUCAGCCAGGAUUCUGGAGCUGUUCUUUUCCAAAAUGAAUCAAGACUAGAAUUCAAUAAUAGAUUUUUAGCAGUUAUCAUCUCCACAAACAAAGUUAUCUACAAUGCCUUCCAUAUAGUUCGGGUUCGAGCAGUGCUUCUAAAAACCGACCUUCUACCCUACGAUGAGGUUGUUGAUAUGUUUAUCCUGGAUCCUGAUGGUUUUAUUAUUAGAAAAUGGCACUCUAAGCAGCUGAAUAACGGUGUUGUAACUGCAGAGUUUGAGAUCCCUGAGUUUCCCAAGGUUGGAUUCUGGAAAAUCAGAGUUGUAGCGGGCGGUCAAGUUACAGAGAAAUCGAUUAAAGUUGAGAAGUACUAUGUUCCCAAGUUUGAAACAUUUGCAAGUAUGUCAGAAUACACUUUCUCAUCAGAAACUAAUGUCGAGGUAUCUGUGAAUCAUGCGUACACAUUCGAUAAGAUAGGACUGGGAGACUGUAUGCUCAGAUGGUUUGCUAAGGCGAUUGAUCAAGCGACUCCUCUGUACAACGAUACAGUUCACUAUAGACAGGAGUAUGAAUACUACUAUAAAAAGCAAAAUCUACCUGUUAGCCAUAAAUUAAGCCAUGCAAACGAAACCAGUACUCUGUUUGAGGAACCGUGGGUGAAUAUAAGUGAAAGUGGGAAACCAUUUAUCCACAAAACUCACAACUGGACAUAUCUCAGGACGGAUCGUUUUGUUCACAAACAUUCUCAAAAGGAGAAAAGCGGAGAUUUAAAUUUCCGGAUUAGUAUGGAGGAAAUACAAGCUAAAAUGGGAACUCUUAUU